AUGUCGGGCCCGCCUCUCGCGCUGCUCCCAGGCCGGAUGCCCCUCCGAAGCAUGGAGGAAGUCACAUUUGACGUGGCAGCAAACCUCCGCGACCUGGUGUACAGGGCGAAGAAAAUUAAUUGCAAAGGCACGAACUACGACACCAUAGUCACCGCAUACGACGUCAGUCAGCUUCUGAAAGCGGUGUUUGCUGGAGGAUGGAUCACUGGAGAGGAGCACCAAAUGUGUGACAAAGACAACAUCCAGCCCAACAUUAAUGAUGUUGCGGCACAAGUCGGCCUCUUCGUCAAGAACAUCGGGGCCACGUCGACCGGUGAAGUGAUCCCGCUUAAGACAACGGCCGUGGCUGGCCGCAAAGACCAAGCCGCCGCCAGAGCCACUUCCGGCACCAAGAAGAUCCGUCGGCACCCGGCCACCGCGCAUAAGAUCACGAAGACGGCGCUGGAGAGGACAACGGAGGCACACUCGAGUGCCCGCGAGGCCAAGAAGCCUGUCUACGUGUGCUGCAUGGAGGCAAUGGAAACAGGAGUGGCAACAUUUGCCUUCUACGACGAGGACCAUCGACUCCUUCCCAGACAAGUCCAGCAAUACGUCAAACUCGACGCCUCGACCGAGUCUCUCGCCAAGGCCAAGGGCCUUUCUAUGCAGCUCCACGACAAGUUCAAGAUGUCUCGGGGCCGUGAACACAACCUUCGUGCUGCGGUGUAUCUCGCCAGAAACCGGCUGACGCAUUGGGCCAACGGCAACGAUUCGGCCUCGCGCCCAGAGGGCGAGGACACCGACCUUUUCGUCCCGUACACCUUGAUGCGCAAUCUGAAGUACUCGGACAACGCUGUGAUGGACAUGUGCAGGGAGGUGAGGGUGCCUCUUCUGUGGGAGGACGUGGAGGAGCUGUUCUAG